GGAGAGCGGAGAGGAGAGACUGAAAACAAUUUCCAUGACUACAAGACCAAUCUACAAGAGAAGUCAGUCUGAUAAAAACAUAAUUCACUCUGAUUUAAGGGAUUUAAGGAGACACAGAGUUUGUUGCUAGUGAGUGACAUGCAGGCUCUGCAUGCAUGUCACUCACUAAUCACAAUUAUUCUUCAUCAAUGUAUCAAACAACCAGAGCAGGCCCUGCUAGUCGUCGACCACAACUUCAAAAUGAGGAACAGAAGAAAAACACUGAAAAGGAAGAUUUGGUUGAAAAAAGAAACCCAACUUAAGAGUAGAGUUGCUGGUAUAUUAGUAGAGCAAUGUGUGGCCAUAGCAAGUGUGAGGGGAGGAAGGUGAGGAGGAACCUGUCGAUCCCCUGCCCCCCUCCAGAGACCGGUCCCACAGUAAGACCAAGAAGGCUCGCAGAGAACGUCGCCAUGCUGACCGGGGGGAGGAGACCACAGACCCAGCCUCUGUGCUGCAGCCACAGACUGGGGCAGGAGCCACAGACCCAGGUAAAUACAGGUGCAGCAACAACAGGAGUCUGUGGUCAGCCAGAACAGGCGUUGGAGCCGGUGGCCGGCCCCUCAGAGCCAGGGUCUGAGUCCGCGGCCGGCAGUGAGUCUGCAGGUUCUCCCAGGCAGCGGCGCUCUGUCAUCCGAGACCGCGGGCCGCUGUACGACGACCCCUCACUGCCUGAAGGCUGGACUCGCAAACUCAAACAGAGGAAGUCCGGACGCUCAGCGGGGAAGUUUGAUGUCUACCUUAUAAACUCGGAGGGAAAAGCGUUUCGUUCCAAGGUGGAACUUAUUGCCUACUUCCAGAAGGUCGGCGACACGACCACCGACCCCAACGAUUUUGAUUUCACUGUCACUGGACGUGGAAGUCCCUCCCGCCGCGAGAAGCGCCCCCCCAAGAAAGCUAAGGUGGUGAAACCAUCGGGACGAGGCCGGGGGCGGCCCAAAGGCAGCGGGAAGAUGCGGCAGGCUACAGAGGGCGUGGCCAUGAAACGUGUGGUUGAGAAAACUCCAGGCAAACUGCUGGUCAAGAUGCCCUUCGGCAAGGCAGAAUCCUCCACUGGCACCACCUCCACUGCCUCAAAGCAGGUGGGGUCUCCUGCCCUAGUGACCAAGUCCCGUCCCGGCAGAAAGAGGAAAUCAGAACAGGAACUUCAGGCCCCACCACCGACCAUCCCCAAGAAACGGGGAAGGAAACCAGCCUCAGCCUCAGUAGCAUCAUCAGUUGUCGCAGCAUCCACCGCCACACCAUCAACCUCUGGUAGCUCAACAACUGGGAGCUACGCUGCAGCUACCAUUUUAGCUGCAGAGGCCAAACGAAGAGCAGCCAAGGAGUCUUCCACCAAACUUGUCGUCCAGGAAACAGCCCUGCCAAUCAAAAAACGUAAAACGAGAGAGACAGUGGAGGAGAGGGAGAGUCCUGCCGCUACAACAACUGAGACUGUAAAAAGGGUCAUUUUAGAGGGGGAGGUAGGUAAAAGGGAGGAAGCGCCAACCUCCGAACCUCUGCACUCCCCCUCUGAACAGAGCCACUCACAAUCACAGAAGCAGCCCACGGCUUCUGAUGAAAGCCAACCAUAUGGACACAAGGGGCAUAAAGGAAGGAAGCACAAGGAGAAAACAGGAAUAGCAGCAGGAGAUGGAAGAAGCAGAGGAGAGGAAGUAGAUGAAGAUGUAAGUGAUAAAGGAGGAGAGGGAGGAGCUGGAGGAAGAAGUAGCAGCAGCAGCAGUAGCAUUAGCCCAUCAAAAGGCCACAAAAGGAAGGACCGGCCGCCUCACAAACACCACCAUCAUCACCACCACCAUCACCACCAUCAUCGCCACCAACAUUCCUCUUCCUCAGCCGAUCAGCCUCUUUCUCCAGCCUCCGGACACCCAGCACCCUCCAGCCAGUCCAGGCCUGAAGUCAACCCCCAGGCUGUCCCUCAGCUCACCACCCAACAAUUGCCGCACACCCAGCAAGCUCCUCCGAGACCACAAUCCAAGUCUGACCCUCAGUCCCUGCCUGAACCUCGGCAUACUCCCCCUCAGCCACGGCACCAGCCCCAACCCCAACCCCAGUCUCCCAGUCAACCACAAGCCCAGCCUAGAUACCCAGCAUCCCAGCCCUCUCCAACUAGGCAGGUUUUGCCCCAGCCACAAUCCCAACAACCCCAACUCCAAAUCCCCAGUCCGAGCCAGGUCUCCCCCGCAAAAUCCCAGUCACAGCCUGUCCACUCCCCAGCCCAGCACCAAACCCAGUUUCAGGCUCAACAUGCUCCACCUCAGUCACAACUUUCUCAGUCCCCAUCCAUCCUGCACAUUCAUCCGCCCCAAACAAGGCAUCCACAUCCACAAACCCAGUCUCCCACAGUCCACCAACCUCAAACCCAGCCCAGACACCCGUCCCAACCCCAAACCCAGCUCAAACAACAAUCUCAAUCCCAGCCCCUGCAGUCACUGCAGCCUCAUCUCCAACCCCAACCCCAGGCCAGAACUCAAGCCCAACUUCAGACUCAACUGCAACUCAGAACCCCUGCCCAAACUCCACCUCAACCCCAUUCCAGGACCCCAGCCCAAACUCAGCAUCAACCCCAGUCCAGGACCCCAACCCAAUCUGCACCUCAAACCCAGACCAGGACCCCAGCCCAAACACCGUCUCAAUCCCAGUCCAGGAUCCAAGCCCAAACUCUGCAUCAAUCCCAGUCCAGGACCUCAGCCCAACCUCAACUUCACCUGCAACCCAGGCAUCAAGCGCAGCCCCAACCCCAGACAAGGCACCCAUCGCAACACCAACUCCAGACUCAAUACAGACCACAAGCCAGACAGUCUCUCUCCCAGCCUAGGCCACCCCAGUCCCAAGCACAACCCCACUUUCAGCGGAUUCAAACACAGCCACGGCCCCAGUCCCACUCUCAGCUUACAAGGCCCCAUGUUCAGCACCGCUCAUCUCCCCGACCAUCUCCCACUCUAACCAGGAACCUGGUCUCUGCUCAGCAGAACCAGAGCGAACAGCCCCAAGAUCUGAGCACCACACGGCCUAGCCGAGGAAGCCUGCUGCCGAGCCGAGAGGUCAGAGUGGAAGGAGUCAGGGCGGAGGGGAGAGGUGAGCCGGCCAUGGCAUCAGAAAACAGAGAGGUUUUAGGAGGAGAAAGAGGUUCAAACAGCAGCUCGAGGCCUCCCAGUUCCCUGCCUUCCGGAAAUCCAGGAGUAGCAGGGGUCGGCCUAGUUCCUGGGGCAGAUGGUAGGGCUAGGCUCCGGGCAGAGCCAGAGGCAGCAGGUGAGGGCAGGGAGCUCAGAGACAUCGUCCCCCAGUCUGCCGUCCCCUGUCCCAGCCGAGAAGAGACCGUAGAAUCACGGACUGCCGUCAGCGAAAGAGUCAGCUGAUCGGUCGGGCUGAUGAACAGGAUGACUGAUAGGUAGAAUGACGGAUUUAGUCAGAACCAAGUGGAAGAGGAAUGUGACUGGGUUGUUCUUGGAGGUUAAAUGAUUGUACGCUGUUUUCAGAUAGAAGGAUAACGACAGAGCUGGUAGGACUGUCGGAGCCUCUACUCAGUCUGAUUCUGUCUGGAGACUGUAAAGUUCUGGAUUUGAGAACCAACCUGGCGCUGAGGGACAACUGGACCGGAGAACAGAUAGUGUCUUUUUCUAGGAAAAACAAACAAAGAGGAAAAAACGAUUAAAAAAAAGUGUGUGUGUGUGUGUGUAUAUAUAAUCAAAAGGCAGCUGUUGUGUCCCGCUAGUCUCCAAGGGGAGGGGGGAGUAGUUUGGAACUAAAAACCAACGCUUAACAACACAUUACUCUGAACGAAAUGUUGCUUCCGGAAUAUAACCUGUUUUUUUUAAUUUCGUAUUUUGAUAGUUUAUGGUUUUGUCUCUGUUUUACAGCUUUAAACUCUGAUAUUAUUGACUGACGGUCCCUUACUCAUCGCCGUGCUGCUGACUGACAGUCCCUUAUUUAAAGUCCUGCUCUCACCAAGACUCCUCCUAUUGACUGAAAGUCCCUUACUGAAACUAGUCCUUGACUGAAAGCCUCAGAGGUGAUGUGGGGCGGUAGUUUGCACCUUUAACUGGUUUCUUAGAAAUCUCACCAUUUUUUUUUAGCCCCAUUUUCCAUUUUGUCCACUAUAAAUAAAGAGUCUGUAAUGUUUUCCAUCCACUUCCAGACUGCCCCCUACAGGUGGCGAAUCUGUGUAUUCAUGACUCUACACAGACCUCACGCUGAAUUGAGUCUUUGAAAGCCAUUUUCAAUAUUGUUUGAAGUAUUUGAACAACUUGAGGAGUUCUUGAUUCCUCCUAUCCGACACGAACAGUCUCAAUGAACAAUGGAGUCAGUUGUUUGAUAAGAAAACCUCGAGCGCUUCUCAUUCGUUUUUCAAGUAUUUCAGACGCAGCGAGUUGUUCUUCCAGGUUAGAGAUUCUUCCAUACUGGUCUUCAUUGAAUCUGUUUGUUUUGGUAGUGUUUUUGUUUCCAAAGGAAGCGCUUUUAAUAUCAAACCAAACCCACUUUUACAGUAGCUUUAUUUUAGUUUGUAGUCUUAAUGAAAGAGUGAGAAAUGGACUCAUUUUUGUCUUCGUGUUGAAUGUCUGGAACAGUUUGCACUCCAGUUUGUACAAUCAACCGCCUGCAUGUCGCUCAGAGACCCUGCAGGCCUUCAACCGGAGCGCAUGUACGCAGAGGUCGACCUCGCCAGGGGUUUGCCGUCGCCCAUGUUUGUGAAGUCAGGGAAGAAGUUCUGCAGAAGUUAAACCCUGAAUGAGGUCUGGUUCAGCUUCAUGUGGAGUCACAACAGAACACUACUCAGUGAGCAGAAAAUUAAACUUUGAGUCUGUGAGUCCAGAUUUGUGAGCAAGAAGGAGAAAAUCUUGUUCAGCGCAAGGACUGAACCGAGAGACCAACUGAUCAAACAACACGGACGACUUCCGUUGAUAUUCUUAGCUAGCUAAGCCUCGGAUCUUUCAAAGUUUCUCAUCAUAAUUUUUAGACGUACCGACAGAAUCAUGAACUCCGCGUGAAACGUUGCUCGUUUUUUAAGUGCUCUAAGUUCCUUUUGUGUGCCUCGUCAGUGUUUUCAUUGGUCUAAAUGACUUCCACUUUAAACACAAGCCUGACGGAUAUGGACGUGUCCUGUUAAAUCAUGGAUGUAUUAUAAGAACUGGAUAUCAAAGAUGGCGCCCAGUCACUUGGAUGAAAAUUGCUUUCUAACUUCCUAACUUCCUGACGUCGUGAAACUCGCUGCACAUGCUCAGUAGAGUUUCUCUCCCUGGCCCAUUGAGACGUCACCCAAAUAAAAACAGAUUUUAUGAUGAAGUUUGAAAAAUACAAACUGUAAUGUGCAGAUUGUAAAAUCUGUUUUAUGAGCAGCAUAAUCUUUAGCUUCAGCGCACUGUUAAUGUGAAGCUCUGUGAUUGGCUGUUUGUCAGUGAAAUGCACCUUGGGAGGCGUAGUUCAGUUUUUUUAUUUGGGCUGGACUCGGACAUUUGUUUGUAAGUAUUCACUUUGUAAUCUUGGGAUUCGGAUAUUCUUUUUUGUUUUUGCUAAACGUAGACUAUCAAUAAAGGGGAUCAUUAUACUUUUUAAUUGCACUUUUAAAAAUAUAUACCAUCUCUUCUGAGGCGACGAACAUCCGUCUCACUCAGUUCACCUUGGCCAUAAAAUCCCAAACAUGUCUGCCUUUAAUAAAACGGAAACACGUGUUGCAGCUGUGCCGUCCGUCUCGGCAAAGAAUUCACUGUCGAUUACAACCGAAGCUCCAGAGACAGAAAAUGGUAUUCCAUGACAGCCCUACUUUUUAUGUCCAAAGGCUUCCUGUAGCGUUUUUUCAAAGAUGUUUUCCAACACAGUUUCUAGUACAGAUGUAACACAUCGUGAUAACAUGAAGUGUUACUGCAGGAAGCUGAAAUAACUCCGCUGAACUUCUCCCGAGCUCUCAAAUCUGAACGCACAGACGCUGUUUGAAUGUUGAUGCUCUCUCAGUAGAUUUGCCAUCAAUAAACCUAAGACGUUUUGCACCUUAGUGUUCACUUGACUGUGUGGGGAAGGCUCCAGCACUUUAACAAUGACCUUUGAAAAAUUGAGCAACCCCCUACCAGAAAACAAAUCCAAUAACUGAAUGUCUUCAUCCUGGAUCCAAAAAAUGUGCCUCGUUCUUUAAAGUCCUCUCACCUGAUGCUCCGCGGAGGUUUGUUUGCAGCCACCCGAGGCUGAAGCGGCCUCACCUCUGCGUACUUGGCGCUCCGCCUGUCGCCCAGUCCACCUGUUAGCAUGCUGUCUCUCACGCAGCUGCAGAAAUCAAACGUCCCUCUGUGAACGGACUCAAUCCACAGGACUCGACCCGGCACAAACUACAGUAACCAGCCACCAUAUUGCAUGUUCCAGAGUUUAGUGCCUAUAAUAUUGUGCGUCUUGCCAGAAGCCACCAUGUCAGCCAAGCCAUGUUGUGUUUCUAGACUUAGUAGUGAUGUGUGUGGUGACUUCAUAGUUGCUAAUAUUGAGGAUGAAUAUUCUGCUUUUACUCUGGUUGGAAUUCAGUGGAAACUCCAAUACACUGUCGCUGUAGACAAAACUAGUUUUUACCUGUUUUCUUAUUUUUCUUUCUAACUAAAAGCGUUUGUUGUCCCCUGA